UGAAACAGAAAUAAACCUCAGGGAAUCGUGGCAUGGAGUGUGAAAUAUGAUCGUGUUUUAAAUAUUUGUAAAUAAGGUUAAUAAAUUCUACUUAUCCUGCAUGAAAAUAUUAAAUAUGAUGUCCGUAAGUGCUAUUGACAAGCAGUUUUUUGAUGACAACAUGCUUACGGAUGAAGACUAUCAUUUCGAAUAUGAUGAAGGUGAUAUUCAGCUAUCUUAUGAAGACAGAAAUAUUUUGGAAUGCUUACCAUCUGGAUUAAAGAUUGAAAAUAAUGAAUACAUCCUGCCCAAUCAAAAUGAAGAGACUGGAGAACUUCAAACUGUAGAUAUAUGUGAAAAUUUAGAGGAGUUAUUAAAAGAUUAUGGUUAUGAUGUUGAAAUGAAAGUAGAGCCAUCAUCUCCUUAUUCUCCUGAAAUUUUACCAAAUAUUCCUGCCUCAGAGAAUGAUAUUUCUGUCAUCAGUAUUCCUGAAGUCACUGCAAGUACUCCUGAAAAGGUAAUAUUAACAGAUACACCUCCUCAUACCCCACCAGGACUUGUGGAUUUACUACCCGAUUCACCAUCUAAUUGUACAAGACUUGAACCAGUUGUAGUAUCAUUGAGUUCUUUUCCUAAUUUGUCAUACUCAGUACCACUAACCACACAAACUACAGCUAAGUCUGUGAAACCUGGAGUAAAAAUAAAACCGAAGCCAGAAUCAUCCAGGGUAAACAACAAGGUUACAAUACCACAUUUCAUUUCAAGUUCUGGUAAUAAAGCUGUUUUAACACCUGAUCAGAUUGUUAAGUUAGCCAAGGGCACGCUUAAAGCACCAGCAAAUGUUGCAAUACCUGUUCCAAAUGAAUUGCGUUCUUCAAAAAAUACAGCUAAUGGCUUGGAUUUAAAAUCUCAGCUAAAAAAUAAUGAGAAAAAUGGAGCAGUUCAUAACAGCGUGAUUGAAGUCUGUGCUGCUGCUUUGAAGAGACAGCAAAGAAUUCUGAAAAAUCGUCAGUCUGCAGACCUGUCAAGGAAGAGAAAGAAAGAAUAUGUACAGAAGCUAGAAGCUGAAUUAAAUCUUGUAAAUGCAGAAAAUUCCAGUUUAAGGGAAGAAAACUGUCGUUUGAAGUUAAGGAUAUCAGAUCUUGAAAAAGAG